AUGGCAGCGGGGACGGCAACCUGCCCAUGGGAGGACCAGGACCAGGUGUGCGCCCGAGAAAACCCGAGCCCCGCCUUGUUUCUUGCUUCCCGGCCUCUUCUUGCUGUUCUGAGUUGUGGUUCGUUUCUUGGUUUCGCUGCAGGGAUCCCCGCCCAGGACGCCCCUCACCUCGCACCGGUCGUCAACCCGCCGCACGGCCACCUGAUGGGAGGACAGCACCACGGAGGGAUCCCCGCCCAGGACGUCCCCCGCCUCGCACCGGUCGUCAACCAGCCGCACGGCCUCCCGACGGGACAGCAGUCCAGCGAUGCGCCCGGAGGUCGCGGCUCAGGUCCCCACGGUCUUCCAUGGCAGGCGCCGACCUUGCGGAACUUGCAGCUUCCGCCGCCCCCCUUGUGCCCGACGUGCAACAGCUUUCCUUGCAUCUGUCAUCCGAUGCGAUUCCGAGGCAAGAAUCCACCGCCGGCGCAGCCAAUUUCUCGGAAGGCGAUGGACUGGGGCGAAAGAAUGGCGGCGAGAACUGGGAAACUGACGUUCCGAGAUGACAGCGUUCCAGCGAGCACGGACCUUCCGCCUCCUCAACAGCACCCGCAACCUCCUCCACCCGUCGGUGCCGGCGUGCAGCAGCUCCAGUAUCAGCCCGCGGUCGGCGACCACCCGGUGGGGCAGCACGGUGAGGCGCCCGGAGGGGACGCCGCCCAACUCGAGCAUCCGGUGCUCCCCGCCGACCAGCCCGGUCACGGCCCCAACGAUGAAUUCGACAUCUGCUCGGGCUGCGAAGAGCGUCCGGCGGCGGUGCGGCCUCAACCACGGUGGCAUGUCUGCCUGUGCUCUCACUGCGUCUCACUCGGCGUCAAGUGUGUGGUGUGCACCUACAAUCUGCCUGUGCUCUAAUUGCGUCUCACUCGGCGUCUAACUCCAGGUUUCUGUCUGAAGAUUGCGUCGUCAAUGAUAGGUUUCUGUGGUUUUGGAACUGAUUAGGCUAGGCAGUGGUUACGUUCCUGAAGUAAUUAGCUCUUUCAGAUGCUUUUUUUUUUGUUUCUGUCAGAGUUAAUAUGUUUGCGAUGCAAUAUCGUUUGGGGGAAUGCAGAGGUUAGGUGAUUUUUAUGGAUGCACUUGUCUCUUUGGAUUCUCUUUUUUCACAUACUAAAUCAUCAUCGGUCAAUGCCA